GGGGAGCGGCGGCGGGGAGCGGCGGCGGCGGCGGCGGGCGAAGACGAUGUUCAAAAGCGGGCGGGGAGCGGCGGCGGCAGCAGCACCGCGCCGAGCACCGGCCCGCCGCCAUGCGCCUCCGCGCCGCCGCCGCCGCCGCCCUCUGCCUCUGCCUGCUGGGCGCCUGCCGCCUCCGCCGCGGGCUGGAGGCCGCCGCCGUGCGCGGCCCGUCGGCGGCCGCUCCCCAGCGACCCUCGGCAGCCGCGCCUUCCUCCGCCUCCUCCUCCUCCUCCUCCUCCGCCGCCGCCGCCGCCUCCCCCUUCUCCUCCCCGCCGCGGAGGGACGGGGCUCUCCGCAACGGCACGGUGGUGCCGCACCACUACAUGGUGGCCCUCUACCAGCGCCUGGCCGCCCGCCGCGCCCCCGGCCGCCGCGCCGACACGGUGACGGGCUUCGCGGAGCGGGCGCGCAGCGAUGCUUCCCCGUCCGCCUCUGAGCAGCGAUACCUCUUUGACAUCUCCAGCCUGCCUGAGGCAGAGGAGGUGACGGGUGCGGAGCUGCGGGUCCUGCGCGCCCUCCCCGAAAACCGGAGCUUGGCCCUGUCCCCCGAAGGCACCUUCCACCAUCUCCUCCUCUCCACCUGCCCAAGCCAGGAUGGCGAGGAGCCCCGGCUGCUGGACUCCAGGGCUGCAGACAUUUUGGAUGCGGGUUCCUCCAGAUGGGAGGUGUUUGAUGUCUGGGAAGCCCUGCGGGAUUGGAGGGAGAGAUCUCCCUCAGGCAAGCUGCUGUGCUUCCUGCUGAGGAUCAUCUCGGAUCAGUCAGGGAGGUUCCUGCCGCCCCGGCAGCUGGGGUUCAGCAAGCCCCGGCCGCAGCCCCACGAGCGAGCCCUGCUCGUGGCCUUCUCCCACACCCAAAGGAAAGAGAACCUCUUCAAGGAGAUCCGGGAUAAGAUCAAGGCCCUGGGCAGCCCCCCCUUCCUGGAGCCCCCUGAUCCUGGCCAGGAGGCGUACCCCAAGCGGAGGAAGAGACGGACCACCAUCGCCGCCCGCUCCGGGGGCAAAGGCCACGGGAAGAAGGCGAAGACCCGCUGCAGCAGGAAGCCCCUGCAUGUGAACUUCAAGGAGCUGGGCUGGGAUGACUGGAUAAUCGCCCCCCUGGAUUAUGAGGCGUAUCACUGCGAGGGGGUCUGCGACUUCCCGCUGCGCUCUCACCUGGAGCCCACCAACCACGCCAUCAUCCAGACCCUAAUGAAUUCCAUGGACCCAGAGUCCACCCCCCCCAGCUGCUGCGUGCCCUCCAAGCUCAGCCCCAUCAGCAUCCUCUACAUAGACUCCGGGAACAAUGUGGUUUACAAACAGUACGAGGACAUGGUCGUGGAGACGUGUGGCUGCAGGUAGCAAUUUCUGCAGCUCUGCCCCCCCCACCCUGGCCUGCCCUGCCCAGCAGCCCUGCCCCAUUUUAUAUAUAUAAAUAUAAAUAUAUAUAUAUAUAAAAUAUAUAUAUAUACCUGCACAUUUUGAUGUGUGCCUUUCCAAAAGCCAAGCUCAGAGCAGGUGUCCCCUGUCUUCCUGGGGUCCCCCGGGCAUGAUUCCAGGAGAGACAGGGGAUACCCCCCCAAAGAGAGCGAGGCUGUAGAUUGGCCACCCCCAGGUCCUCUCAAAGAAGGAGCAACCCCCACCACCCACGCUGGGUUUUCUGGGGCUCAGCCAGGGAUGAUGUGCUGCGGCGGGAGGCUGGGCUCCCCACUCCGAGCUGCCCCCAUCUCCAUGCCUUGCAUGCUCCCCAUGGGGAGGGGUGGCACAGCCCAGCAGAGCCCCCAGGAUGCCUGCUCAGCCUCCAAGCUCUGCCUGAUCUGCUUGGUUUGCCUAUGCUGAGCUGACACCUUCUUUCCCAAAGGUUUUGGAAAAUGUCUGGCCAAAAUUGUCUUGGUGGAGGUGGCAACCUGGGCGGGGACGGAGCAGUGGCUGCCGCGUGGAGGGAUCAGACCAGCAUCACCCUCCGGCUGCAGCGGUGGGGCGGAGGGGGGUGGGAACGCUCUUUUCCUGGAGUUAAAGGAGUUUUUCUGGCUGCCUUCAAAUCGCUGCCCUUGGGGGGGGAAGUGUCUCCUGGGGGGAAAAUGAGGGAUCCCCCGGGGAAGGUGGGGGGUGGAGAACCCAUGGCCAUGGGAGGUUGAAAUCAUUUGGUCCAGGCCUGUUUGCAGUGCAGAGAGAUUUGCGAGUCUGCUGUUGGGGACAGGAAAGAUGAUCCCCAUAACUGGAGGCUAAUGCCAGAGUCAGGUCUGAAGUCAAGCUCACACUCGUGAUGGAGAUGGGAACAGCCCUGCAAGGCGUUAACUGGAUAUGCCAUGGCUCUGCGUGGCCUGAAGCGCUGGCAUAGGCACUGUCACCCUUUGCCGAUGUCCUGCAGGAGGUACUGGGUGGUAGGUCCCCUCCCUUUCCUGCCCAAACCCCAUUUCCAAGGCACGCUGGGUGCCCAGUGUUGAGUCCGUGAGUCACACAGCCAUUCCCAGUGUGUCUGGAGAGAAGCAAAGGUCCCAAGUUCCCCAGGGAAGGGACAUUUUGCUUGGGUUCUUAUUUUUCCAAAUAAUCUCUAUAAAAGCACUGAGCUCCACCCUACCUUACUUUGGCACCGAUUUCCCAGCGAACUCCAUCCCUGGAGCGCCUGUCUCUCCCCCUCCGUUAAGGGAGCCCCGAUCCACCAGGAACGGACAUUUCCCAUGCAAACAGCUGAAUGCCACCCUCAGAGACUGCUAGGUAAAGCGGGGCGCUUUGACCCAUGUUGAAAGGGCUACAGGAUUUUAGUAAGUCAGGAGCCGAGUAUAAAUUAUGCCUUUAAAUCAGAGAAGCCUUGCAUCCAUGCCAAGGCAUGUUUUGGAUGCUGAGAAGCAUCUCUGCUGCACCUCAGUGGCAUUUAGUACCAAACUUCAGCUUCAUGGCUGGGUUGGCUUAGACCAGAGAAGUAUUUGCACAGAUUUUGCUUUUCAUGGUUUGUUUUUUACUGGUGGUCAAGGUGUCGGUGUGUAAACAUCAGUGUUCAUUAGCAACAGUAGUUUGCUUUUGGAGGAGAUAAAACCUUGCUGGAAAAUGUGGGUUCUUUUUCUAUAUGAAGCCAGUCAUCAUUCAUUGCAGGGGUGUUUUCAUAGGGGUCUCUGAGCCGAGCCAGGGCAGAGAGGGGGUCACCUCCAAGAACUCUGCUGAGGUCCAAAUGAUUUCAAAGGUCAGCAAAGCCUCGGUGAGGGUCCAACAGCUCCUGACCCCCCAAGAAAAGAGUACGCCAGCAGGGAGUAACUGUGCACGUCAAUAACGGUGCUAUAUCCGCUGGGUAACCCCUCCCCAGCCUCCCUCCGUCCUUGCCCUGCUGAGGUCUGCUCUACAGCCUCAGGCUGCGGCCAGCGGCAGCUCAGGACGGGUGAAUGUGGUACCUGUCUCGUGCAGCCCCCUUGACACCCGUGGGGCCCCUCCGGCUUUACAUUGCAUCUGCAUAUCCAAGAGGAAAAUCCAGCUCCCUUCCUCAGCGUGAAUGUAAAUAUGUGUUAAGUGCGAUGUACCCUUACCCAGGGGGUUUUCUGAGAUGGAGGUUAGCAGGGGAGAGGAAGGGGCAUGUCUGUGCCGGUGGGUUUUCUCACUGUUGAUGUUUGGGGGGGGCGAGGUACAGCAAGUGGGUGAGGAGGGGUCAGCAGGAGGGCUCAUGGCUUUCCUCUUACCCUCAGCUUUAGCACAGAUAAAAGCAGGAGCAGGCGGUGGAGGGAAGGAGGUUGGCACGAGCAGCACCGGAGCAGCUGGCUCUGGAAACACCACGUCAUUUAGAGUUACCAAGCUUUCAAAGUACCUAAUUUUUCAAUUGCCAUUGGUUGCUUGAUAGUUUUUCUCACUGCUGAGACAAUUUUAAAAAAAAUUUUCGUUUCUUUUACCCCCUUCUAUUCCUCCAAAUAUUUGUGGCGGAGGUUCGUGGGCAGUUCAAAUCCAGGCAAGAUAUAUCUAUAGCUCCUGGCAGCCCCCGCUGGCUGAUGGCUCUUGUGAGCUUUGUCUGAGCAGGUGGCCUGAGACCUGCUCUUGCAGGACCGUGUCUGAGGGGGUGCCAACAGCAGUGACCCCCAGUUCUUGUGGCUCUUGUUCAGCCGCAGCUGCUGGGAAUGGACAGACAGAUGUCACCCACCUCAGGUCUCGAUGGAGAGCAGAGUGAUGGGUUGGGUUUUGCGAUGCUUUACCCUGAGCCCAGGGCUGGGGUGCUGUGCACUGCUGGGGCACUGCACCCCACGAUGGCUUCGCUGGCCCUGGCAAGAAAAGCUGUGGCUCAGUUGCUGCAGUUUCCUAGCCUGGAUUGCUAUAAUAAACGAGGAUGGGGAGGACUUGGGGAGAGCACAGAGGCCGCUGCUGGCAGCGAUGCCUUCUGUGGUUUUGCCCCAUGCGGACACCAGUCCCGGCUCUCCUGGCUGCAGGCACCUCUCCCUAAACAGGCAUGUUUGGUUUUUGGCAGAGAGCGAGGGUGUGCAUACAUUGAGGAGCCCCUUGGCCGCCCUUUCCAUGCCCAGCCAGUGCUGGAGAGCAAACUUCAUCCCUGCGGGAUGAGCCCAGCACUGCCCCUCACACCAGCCAUGUGGUCUUUUGCAUUCGUACCCAUGCCAGCCACUCUUCUAAGAGAGUAUCUGUUCCUUUACUGGGCAAACAACCUCCGGAGGUCAAUGGGAGGGCAAAGGAUGGCAUUGGACCCUCUUUCUCCUUGCCCCAGUGAAAGAUCUCUAAGGGGCCAGGGAUAGGAGGGCAGCUCCCUGCCUGGGGCUGCUCCGGGGGGAUGCGUCUGAGCAGGGCAAGGCUGGAGGGAGGGGGCUGGGGGUCUCGGUGGGGAACUGUGCUGCUGCCACCCUGGGCAAGUGUAUCGGCUGCAGCCCUCGGCAGUCACGUUGCUCACUGCUCCUGCAGGAGUAUUUCCAGGGCAAAAGUCCUCCCUUAUGAGGAUGGACUCGCAUCCCCACGUGCUGGCAGCAAGGGCUGCCUCUCCGUCCCCAUGCAAGUUCAGAAGUUGCACCCAAACAGCAGGAUUAGGCUUGGGAUGCAGUCAUCGGAGCCGUUGCAAACGGAGGUGCUGAGACUCCAGUGGGGUGCAAAAGCCUCUCCCGGGGAGGGAGGUUCCCACAGCCGAGAUACUGCAUCCCUGCCAUGUUGGGGAGCAACGUGGGGAUGCGUCUGCAAAGGACACGGAAGAGCAAAUCCUGCCUUCGGAGGCACGUAAGCAGGGCAUCAGCUGCAGGAGGUGGUAGCACAACCCAGCCCAGCGCCCCAGCCCCAGAGCUGGUCCAUAGAGUGUCACUUUCUAAUGCUGUAGAAACAGUCCAGGAAAAAUGUAUUUUUGAUCAGUUGCCUCUUGCCUGAGCUGAUUUUUUGGGGACAUGUAAACAUUAUAAAUAGGAGACCAGAGGUUGAGCAUGGACAAAUGUGAAUUCAGUAGACGCAGAGUGAUUUUAAUGGAUAAUUAUAUGUUCUCAAUCUGCAGUAUUUAUACAACCUUUCCAGUUAAAAAAGCACAGUUUCCAUGCAGAGCAUAUUCUCCUGGAGGAUUUGUUUGACCUUCAGCACCAUUUUUAUCUGCAGGAUAUAAUUACAGUGAAGCUAGAAAUAUUAAACAUUUGAAAAGGACUAUGUAUUUAUGCUUAACUGGCUCCCUCCCCUCUUACAUGGGAACGUAAUUGCACAGGAGCAGGGAAACUCGCAGUGCGAUCCCAUAUGACUUGAAAGUGCUGGGGCUGUGAUUUGGGGAAGCACACACGAUCGGGACAGGACUGGUGCGUGUGCCUUGCCUUGGGCUCCUUGAGGUCUGUAAAAGUAAAGCCUGUGCUCAAGCCGCUGCCUGCGCUGUGUCCUGAACGCCCCUGUCCAGUGGAGUCCCAUAGCAGGGACAGUCAGAAGCAAAAUGGCUUUAUGCUCUGUUUAACUAACUGAUGACCAGGGUGCUUCUGGCCUAGAUAUAAUUCCCAGGAAUCACAGGUUUUAUAACCCUCCCCCCCCACCCCCCCACCCCCCUUUUUUUUUACUUCAUACUUCAAAUCCAAUGGCAGAAGUAAAAUGCGUAUCCUCUGGCAGGGAGAAGGCUGUUCAUAUGGAAAAGGGCUUGCUUCAGGCUCGCAGCAGCUUUGCCCUGGCAUAGCUGUGCUGAUCCCAGUGGCCUUACUUCUGGUCAGCACUGGCAGACGGAGCCAUGUCCUCUUCGGCUGUUUGCUGAUGCUUGGCGUGCUCAUAAGGAAAAGACUGGAAAGGCACCACUUCUGAUUAAAAGCAAACCCCAAGCCUUAAGCCUUCUGCUGAAGUCUUAGGGCCAGCGACUUCUGUGUCUAUUUACACCAUAUGGAUUUUAACUCAUGGCUUGAUUACACAGCUCUUGCUACUGGAGAAAAUUGGGUAGGUCUGUGGUGAUUUAUUGGUCACACUCCCAUUGCAAAACAAGCAGCUCCUUUUACUGUUGGCAGUUUUAGGUCCUUAUCCCACAAACCCAAAAGUGUGUGCUUAGGGAGAGUCGCCUGUGCUGGCCCCCACAAGACAACAGACACACUGCUGUUUGCAGCACUGCUUCUUGCAGGAAGAGAGGAGCGAGGCUGGGGCAUCACUUAGGAUGCCCUGGGGAUGUGGCUUCCAUAGGGCUACAGCUGGGCAAACAGAGCAGAGCACCCUGGGGCCCUGAUGGGACCUUUGGCUUUGCUCUCCAGAGUUAUCAGGAGUUUUGUUGUGAGCUUCAGCUUGAUGAGCUUGCCUGCGAUAGCAGCAUCCUCAGCGUCCAUCAGAAAAUGCAUGACAUAUGUUGAUGCGACAGACGUUAUAAACACCAAUCCACCAACCAGCUCAUACUCACGCUGGAGAGACCCUGGUGGGAAGUGUUAUGGUUUACUGAUGAGCAUGUCCUGAAAUAUGAGCGCCUUCUCUUUUGUCUGCAUUGGGGCAGCACAGCCAUGUGUCGUGGAGAAGAAAACCUGUGUGGGGCAAUGGCAAUGAGAGCCUGGGUACUGCACAGGGGUUGACACCUGAAAUGGGGCUGUGCCGCUGGAUGCGAAAGAUGGUCAGACUGAAGAGCUAUCACAUGGACCUUGGUUGGGCCAUUCCACCAAAUUGCUUGCUGUGUCCCCUGUCCUGGGUGAACCUGGAGCUGUGGUGUGAAUUUCUCACUCUUCACAUCUGCCUCUGGAGAGGUGGGUGGGCAGGAAAACCUGUGUGGGCGAAACCAAGCUCUGGUCUUUGAGCGGCAUGGUUCUUCUUUUAAGUCAACAUGACCAGCAGAUGGAGAGACCGCAUGUGUCCCACUAGCAUCAGAGCAGCUUCCCUGGCAGCGGGAAUCCAUCUAUAGCUACAUGGGGUCUGAAUGGGGAUGCUGGGUGGCAGGAGUGGAGCGUAGCAGCGUGUUCACCUCUGGCAGCGUGUCCUCCCUGAAAACAUGCUGGGGAGAGUAGUGGGGAAGUAGCUGUCCCGUGGAUGGGGUGUUGCUGACGGUCAGGAGCCUGUGACCAUGCGUGGUGCGGGGAGAGUUUUUCUGCCUUUCCAGUCUUUGAAUUAAUAGCUGUGAAAAAAGCGAGAUGUUUCACCAGGCUGGUAUAUGUGACACCUUGAAUUUUGUCAUAAGCUGCUUUAUGUCUUCCAUGGUAAAACCAUCUGCAUUCAGGCUUUAAGGCUCUUUAACCUAGUACAGUGUUUUGCAUAGUACAUAGAGGUGCAAAGAUGUUCUCUGAAAAUCAGUUAUACCCUAUCAGCAAGUGUUUUGGACCUUUGAAAAAUGACCAACAUUUGGAAUUUGGAACUCCUGUUGGUGUGACCCACUGACCAAGGAUCCCACCCUACAUCUCAAAGGAUGUUUUGCAGCCUUGCAUCUCAAGACAUGUAGCCCAUGCAGCUGCUUUUCCUUUUACUGGCACCAGUGCGCAAGCAGCCCCCCGAAUUUACUGUGCUGGAGAGGAGCCUGAUUUACGUGUUGGUGGGAAGGAGCACACCGGCAGGCUGGCUGGUGCACUCUAUCUUUUGGCUGAGCAGACUAGGGUAGGAAGCAUUGGGCAGCAGAACAUUUGCAUGGAGAUUGGUACUGAAAAAUCUUAAAGCCAAGCUUGAUCCAUUCCCAGAAAUGUCUGAAAACGAAACCCAGCCAUUUUUCAGCGGUUUUUCAGCAGGUUUUGCUCUUCGUCUUUCUGUCGUCACCACUUAUUAGUUCAUUCAUACAUUUUGUGAACUCAUUUUUCUGCUUUGAUACUUGUGCUCAUACUUUGGGUUUUCAGGAUGGGGAGUGUGGAGACUUGCUGCGGUGUUUAGUGGGUGGGGGGAGAGCAAGGAAGGAAAGGCUGAGUCUCAGCAGCAGGAGGCUGGGGCACAGUCUGUGCCCUCAAGCAGGGGACCGUGAGGGGUCCAGUCUGGCAGGGUUGAAGCCAGUGGGAGGAGGGGACCUGCUUGCAACAGGUCACACACUCAAGUACUUUCCUGAUGGAAGGUGGGAGUGUUUUGGUCUCCCUUCCCCUCCACUUUACCUUGGUGUCAACCUGGCUGGUGCCACCGAGGUCUCCACCAUCAGAUGAAUGAGACGCAGAGGCUGGGUCAAGCCUGGCAUCCCUGGGAGCUUUGGUGUUGGCUUUGGUCCCAGUUUUUCAGGAGAUGGUAGCGUUCCCCAUGGUGUUUCAUUUAUUUCCUCUAUCCUGCCUCGGUGAAAACAGAGUGGGGGAGCAGGAGGGAAAAAACCGAGAGGCAAAGUUUAGGGCUGCCUUGCUCCCAGGCUGGUCAUCCCAGGGAGCUGUGUGCGAGCUGGGAGCUGCCGAGUGCCAAGGAGCUCACAGGGGCUCAGCCACCAGCUGCAGAGCGUGAAAUAACAUCCAGAGGCCAGGAAAAGGGGUGGUCGCACAUGGAGGGGCUGGUCUUUAGUCCUCAAAGAGGUGCCAAAGUUUAAGUGGUCGUGUAGGCGGCGAUGAGCUGGGGAUGGGGCAUUUUGUAGGGGCAGCUUGUCCCCUCCUUGGCCACGGAGGGGGGUGAUCACUCUGAUUACAUUCAUCCCAUGUGCUGUGAGUAAUUAACCUUUUAAAUAGCGCUGAAAAAGAAGGGUCUGAGUUAUGAGGUGCUGAACAUCCCGUGCUCCCAUGUGCUUCAGUCGAAGCCACAUUUGUGCAGUGCCUUUGCAAAUCAAGCUCUUACAACCUGAGGAGUAGUUAGGGGCUUUGCCCACCUGGAGUCACCAGCUCCAUCUUGCGCUGCGGCUCUUCACUGGGAAAGCUCGUGGAGAUGCUGCUCACAAGAACUGAAGGCAAGCUUGCGCAGGAAAGACCUGCUCUGCUCUUGGUGCUCCCCAUUCUAGGUGCAGGCAGGAGCAACGUCAGCCCUGCUUGUUGACCCAGUUUGCUAAGUCACUACAUAUCCCAUCACCGUGUGCUCUUUUUCUGAAGUCAAGUCAACACUAUCUGGACCUCCUUUGACAAAACGAGCCUCUCUGCUGGUCAGUCGUGGUUUUAUUUAUACGUCUUUUCUUUGAUUAUAUAUAUUUUAUAGUUCUUUUCUUUGAUUAGAAAGGAAAAUAUCAAAAAAUGAAAAAGGACUCGCAUUUCCAAUAGCCGUAUCUCUAGUAGUUAUAACUUUUGAAGCAAUACUCAUAUCCCUGUGUGUGCCUCUAAACUAUCCAUGUAUUUCUUCAGCUUUUUCAGGUCUGAGUGUGUGAAAUAUCUCUAAAGAAGAUAGUUCUGUAAGUGAUGGUGUAAAUGCAUUGUUUGUAUGUAUUCUAAAGUUUAAAUAGAUUGUACAUAUGGGAUUGUAAAUGAACUGUAAACAGCAAUCUAUAUUUUCUUGAAUAUAUUAUAUAGCAGUAUAUAUUUGUUAAAUAAGUAUUCUUGUAUACUCUUCAAUAACCUUUUUAAUAUUUUGUACAGAUAAGUUUAUUAAAUAUUUUAUUGAUAAA